AUGAGUUCCUAUUUUGUCAACUCAACUUUUCCUGUUUCUCUGCCGGGAGGACAGGAGUCUCUCCUGGGUCAGAUACCAUUAUAUUCCUCCGGAUAUACUGACCCUUUAAGACACUUUUCUAACGCUACAUAUGGAGCUGCCAAUAUGCAAGAGAAGGCUUACCCAACCUCAUAUUACCAGCAAACCUCUGGUGUCUACGGUCGCCCCAGCACCAGCGCUCCCUGCGACUACCCAGCUGGAACUUUUUACAAGGACAGUGACCGUUCGUGCGCUUUCGCAAGUCGAGAGGAGCAGCCGCUCGUAGUAACUCAGGAUCAGCGCAGGUCAGAGUGCCUCGUGCAAAAUGUAAACAUAACCACUGCUGUGGACGACAAGUCUUCUUCUCUGCUUUAUCCGUGGAUGCAAAGGAUGAAUUCUUGCACCGCCGGGACCUUUGGCAGCAGUGGGCGCAGGGGCCGUCAGACCUAUACUCGAUACCAGACUCUUGAGCUCGAGAAAGAAUUUCAUUUCAAUAGGUAUUUGACCAGGCGUCGUCGAAUCGAGAUUUCGCAUGUUCUAUGUCUCACUGAACGCCAGAUAAAGAUUUGGUUCCAGAAUCGCAGAAUGAAGUGGAAAAAGGAGAACAAAGUUAUGAAUCCUUCGAAACCCAGCGACGAAGAAGAGGAAAAUAAGACAGAUUAAAAGACACUGAAUAAAUAAGCUACACAAGCCAUAACUGUUGUAACAUGAAUUGAGAGUUUUUGAAUUUUUGUUGUUUUUCAGAAAAUAGCUGCAUAGGCCUACACAUUUUUGUGAAAUAUGUCAAUAGGCCUAGACUAAUAUAUUUGCACGAUUAAAUAGCGUAUGUAGGUUAGAAACAGGUUAAAAACAACUGUAGGCUAGCCUAUUCUUAUUUUAUCGUAUUUGUGUUUUUAGUUUUGUAAAUCUAUUUGCUUGACAGUGAAAUAAAUACACUCGCACAUAAUUGCAGGGGCACCAUUUUUUGCAGGGGUGUUGAUGUGCAACAACAGGCCUAGUCAAAAUGACACGAUAAUUGUUAUUUAUUUCACCAGGUUGCAACUGCGACCUGGCCAAGAUAAAGCAUAGCAGUGUGAACAGA